ACUGCCCAAGUCCAGUCCUAGGGAGCGGCUGAUUGUUGUAACAAAUCAAUCCGUUUCACUAUUGUCUGGAUGAAUGGCCUUUGAUCACCUGAGAAUGAGGUAAUAUUCACGCCUCGUUAUGUUAAUAGACCCUUAUUAUACGCUAAUGGAGUUAUAUGAAGCUAUAUUGAAUGAAUACUUGCAGAAUAGAUCAAUUAAAACCUUAAAUGCGGUCAAACUGACAACCAUUCACGUUGUGGUUUUUGAAGUUAUCUUAACGGGACGUAUGAUUGAUAAUGAAACUUGAAGCUACCGCGAACUUUAAUAGAGCGGUCAAAAAAUGCGGUUAGAGUAAAAUCAGUUACGCUGUUCGUUCGGUGUACCUAUUCGUCCGUUACUAGGGACUGGUUUCAGACUGGCUCCUGCAGUCCCGCUCGAUCUCGUUUUCAUGUUCCUGUUACGCUUACACCAUGCAAGGAUGACUGCUUUCCAGUUAGCAUAACACUCGUUGCGGCAUCUAUAUCGUUCUUCCUAAAAGUCUUUCUCCCUCUCUCUCUCAAAGGGUGUCUAUUGCAGGGGUUGACAUCUGUCGGGCGCCAGUCAAUUGAUGAACUGUCGGGCGUCAGGACCGAGUGGAGCACUAGGCGUCAUGCGUAUCAUAUUUUGAGAGAUGGCAUGUAGGCUACACGCGAUUACUUUUUCGGUCUGAGGAUGACGUUUCAACCCAUAUGUUUUUCUCUCGUUGGUUACAGAAAUUACUAAGCUUAAUAUUGGACUACGACUGAAAACAAUGUAGUGUUGUCACUGUAUAAGUGUCGGCUUAUCCCUUUCUGUAAAGCAAAAAAGUAAGAGUUUGUCGUCCUCUACAAUGGACUCACCGUACCAGUUCCCCAGCGCCAACUUGAGUUCGGGCGAGGGAGAGGAUACGCACCCAGUCUGCACAAACUGGAAGGAAAAUCCGGAGGGGUCCGUGUUUUACCUGGCCAAUAUUUUCUUAGUUUUGGGCUUCAUGGGAGGCAGCGGGUUCUAUGGGUUACUUUACCUGUUUUUCUUCCUGGCGCUCGGGUUCUUCUGCUCCUCAAUCUGGGCUUGGUCGGACGCCUGUACCACGGACACGUUCUCGUGGAAUUUUGUCCUUUUUGUGGUCUGCGUGGUGCAGAUCGUGCACGUCGCCUAUCGGCUUCGGAGCGUCACGUUCGAUAAGGAACUUCAAGAUCUCUAUGGCUACUUGUUCAAACGGCUGGGAGUAUCCCUCACACAGUACGGCAAGAUCGUGGCUUGCACCGAUGGGGAAAUUCACACCAUCGAGAAGGAUCACUACUUUGCCAUGGAAGGAAAAACUGCAAUUGAUAAACUUUCUGUGCUUCUGUCAGGAAGAAUUCGAGUGACGGUAAACGGGGACUUUUUACACAACAUUUAUCCGUUCCAGUUCAUAGACUCUCCUGAGUGGGAUUCUCUCCGACCGUCUGAGGAUGGUGUUUUUCAGGUGACAUUACGUGCCGACAACCCCUGUCGAUAUGUUGCUUGGAGACGCAAGAAGCUAUAUCUGCUCUUCGCCAAACAUCGCUAUAUUGCGAAGGUUUUCGCCCUUCUUGUCAGGAAUGACAUCGCGGACAAACUGUUUUCACUCAACGACAAGGCUUUCGACAACCGCGGGUUCAGAUAUGAUCUCCGGUUACCCAGUUUUUGCCAUGUGCCGGGGCCUGAAUUAGAUCAGGCCGGGUUAUUUCUGAGUGUCCCGGACCACCAAGGGGAGCACAGCCGAAGCACCCCGAUACCGACCACUACCUGAUUAGUCCACUAGGCCGUGGUCUUCCAUACUGUUUUAGUGUUUUGUCCUGGUAUAAUAAUUUUUUGUUUGCAUCGUCUUGACGUCAGUCAGACAAAAAUGUUUCACGUAUCUAU